CGUUCCAUUUCGCAACCAAAAAAAGGGAAGGGAACAACAAGCGCACGGUCCAAAUCGUCAUCGAAGGGUCGAGGCGUCGUCGGGUCCCCACGGAGCCCUCGAUCAGAAGCGAGGAGGCCCCAGACCGGAGAGGAUGGCGACGACUGCGACGAGGCGGUGGUGGAGGCGGCGCGACGGCGGAGACGCCGACGCCGACGACCUCGUCCCCAUGGACACCCAAGAGCAAGAGGAGCUGGUCCGGUCGCUGGAGCAGAAGCAGGCGCAUCAGAGCCGCCGUUGGAGGCGCGUCUUCGCGGGGUUCCUCCUGGGUUACGCGGCCUUCCUGGUCUACUCCAGCUUUCACCACGCCUGGUCUCCGUGGGAGCUGCGGUACCAUGCUUACUUCAUGGAAGAUUUGCCUGCACCAAUGGUCAUAAUUGCAGAUUGGAUAGCUGCCCUAGCAUGCCUAUUUGCGGUUAAAGGAUUACUACAGAAUUCAGGCUCCUCAAAGAAGUGGAUGUGGUAUUCAUGUUAUAUUGGUGUUUUGGUAGCCAUCUUUUGGACAUACUACAUCUUGAGAUUGCCAAGAAUUCGAUGGGAUGUAGCGUGGCUCCCGUUUGGCCCUUUAAUAGCUGGUGCAUUGAGCCUUUAUGUGGACCAUGUGCUUCUGGAGUCAAUGCAAGAUAUCCACACAUUGAGGAAUUACAUGUAUAACUUCAAGGCCUUGUAAUGUGGAAUAGGUUCAGCCCGUUUCUCCUGUCACUUUCACACCCACCUUGCUUCCAAAGUUGUGGAGACACCUUGUUACAUGGAGUACUAACAUGAAAUUUCGACCUGUGCGCCAUUUUCCCUAUAUGUGUUUUGUUCGAUUGACGGGGUAAGCAAUGGAGGUGAACAAAAUGCAUGCUAAGUUCAUAAACGGCAUACACAUCGAAGCUUUCAUGCUCA